CUAGUAUUGAGAGGCUCUCUCUCAUACUCUCUCGCUGUCUCUCUCAGUGCCAUACAAAAGUGUAAUAGCCAUGACUUCCCGAAUGGGCCGACGUUUUUACCGGUUGGACACUAUGCCGGCCACCGGCGGCCAGGGAUACCUCGAUCACGGUAUGAGCGCCCAGAUCGAGAACAAGUGGGUGUUCGAAGUGGCCUGGGAGGUCGUCAAUAAAGUGGGCGGCAUAUAUACCGUGAUUCGGACCAAAGCCCAGGUGACCAGCGAGGAGUUGGGCGAUCAGUACGUACUCGUGGGUCCCUAUAAUGAACAACACGCCCGCACGGAAGUGGAGAUCGAGGAGCCCACGGAUUACGCCUUUAAGGGGGCUAUCGAUGUGCUCAAGAGUUUUGGCAUUAGGGUUAUUUACGGGCAUUGGCUGAUAGAGGGCUACCCGACUGUCCUAUUGUUUGACAUCGGGUCCGCCUCCUGGAAAUUGGAUGAAUGGAAGCACGACUUCUGGAACGUUACGAAUAUCGGUAUACCCCAUUUGGACCGGGAGUGCAACGACACCCUCAUAUUCGGCUACGUUUUCACGUGGUUUUUGGAGGAGUUCUACCGGCGGGUGGAGGAGGAAAGGGGUCGACCCCUCAUCGUCGCCCAGUUUCACGAGUGGUUGUCCGGCGUGGGACUCAUACUGUGCCGCACCCGGCACCUGGACGUCGCCACUGUGUUCACAACGCACGCCACACUACUGGGCCGGCAUUUAUGUGCCGGUGCCGUAGAUUUCUAUAAUAAUUUAGAUAAGUUUCAAUUGGAUCGGGAGGCCGGGGAUCGCCAGAUAUACCAUAGAUAUUGUAUGGAGAGGGCGGCGGCUAACGCGGCCCACGUAUUCACUACCGUGUCGGACAUUACGGGC